AUGUCGCAACGAGUUACGCGGUCGCAGGCAGGCUACACGCCCAAGAAACCAGAAAACCCCGGUUUCGUCGAGACACCUGGUCGCAGAAGAUCGCAACGUCGCAAAUCGAUUUCCACAGAAGACACCGAGUCCAAUGGCUUUACGAAUGGCAAUGGUCACGCCAACGGCUUCGCGAACGGUCAUGUGGAAGAGGGGAAUGCAUUGAACGGAUUGCAAAUUGAGGCAGCCAAGAACUUUCCUCCCAAGGACAAGGGCGGUCUGCACGAGUUUGGAGGCGCUCUCGGUAUGAGCGCCAUGAUGACCGGUUUCCCAGCAUUGAUGUUCUACAUGUGGAUUGGAGCGACAUUCUACGAUGGGAAGUUUCCCAAGCCAGCUGAAGGCCAGAGCUACUCAGACUUCUUUGGACACAUGUGGAACCUGGUCAAGACAGAGGCCUACCCAACCAACCAGGCCUGGCAGAUCUACUGGUUCUUCGGGCUUGCCCAGAUGGCAUUCUACAUGCUCAUGCCCGGUGUCUACCGCAAGGGCAAGGCUCUUCCUCACCUUGGUGGAAAGCAGCUCGACUACUACUGCUCUGCAAUGUGGUCAUUCUACUCCAGCAUUGUCAUCAUGCUGGCUCUCCACUUCACGGGCAUCUUCAAGCUCUACACUCUGAUCGACGAGUUCGGCCACAUCAUGACUGUCGCUAUCCUCUCGGGUUUCCUGUGCUCAACAAUUGCUUACAUCUCAGCCCGUGUUCGUGGAGCUACUGUUCGUAUGACCGACAAUGUCAUUGUUGACUUCUUCCUCGGAUCUGAGCUGAACCCCAGGCUCUUCGGUAUAUUGGACUUCAAGAUGUUCCUCGAAGUUCGCAUUCCGUGGUUUAUCCUCUUCUUCCUUUCUCUCGGCACUUGCCUUAAGCAAUACGAGAAAUACGGAUAUGUCUCUAUGGAAGCCAUCUUCCUCCUCUUCGCGCACUGGCUGUAUGCUAAUGCUUGCGCAAAGGGCGAGCACUUGAUCAUCACCACCUGGGAUAUGUACUACGAGAAGCUCGGCUUCAUGCUCAUCUUCUGGAACAUGGCUGGUGUACCCCUCUCUUACUGCCACUGCACUCUCUACGUCGCCAACCACCACCCUUCGGAAUACACAUGGCCAACGUGGUUCGUCGUUCUCCUGACGGCCGCCUACCUCGGCAUGUAUUACAUCUGGGACACCACCAACAGCCAGAAGAACCAGUUCCGUCAAGAAGAGCGUGGCGUAGUCGACGAGCGUACCACCUUUCCCUACUUUAAGUACGGCCGCAUCGCCAACCCUAAGACCAUCACAACCAAGCACGGAAACAAGAUCCUGGCUGAUGGAUGGUACGGCAAAGCACGCAAGAUUCACUACACAUGCGAUCUGUUUUUCGCCAUUUCGUGGGGUCUGAUAACCGGCUUCAACUCGCCGUUCCCAUGGUUCUACUCCGUCUUCUUCGCCGGUAUGAUCAUCCACCGCGCGCUGCGUGAUAUUGCAAGGUGUCGCGAGGUAUAUGGUGAGGCAUGGACCGAGUACGAGAGGCAGGUGCCUUACCUUUUCAUUCCCGGUGUCUUCUAGAUAUUGCAAAAGCAAGCUCUUCUUUGUCGAGUCUUUCGUCAGGCUUCGGCUUCGGCUACUUUCGUGGGCGCUCUUGGUCGCCAUUACAUGUUCUGUUCGCAUUCCUGGAUCACCUUGUUACACACUAUGUACUAUAAUAUUCCUUUCUUUCUCGCUCGAUGUACGAUAGACAGGACCACAUGAUGAUAAUAGCAGUAGUAAUGCA